CAGAUCACGUGGUUAUGGGAAAACGAGUCCGGCUCCAGCACAGUGCUUCACUCUGAGACUUUUUGAUACAAACUUCGAAAGCUCUGUGUCCAUCGUCACAUCACUAGUUUGAUCUGCUCAGAAGUGGGCGACGUGUUGGAGACAAUAUCCAAUAGUGGAUGAAUAAAUGAAUGUUCCGAUGUUAGCGCUAUCAAUUAACAGGAUAUUCAACAUCACAGUCACGCCUAGUUUCACUUUAACGGUGAAUCCAGACAUUCUGGGUGAACUUCCCCAUCUGCAGUAUUUCGGGAUUUCUAGAAAGUCGACUUUUAAGAUUUUAAAGUAGUUUUGUGUGAAGCAGCCGCGGGGAUCUGAACCAAGCAGAACAACAUCCAGCUUUCCCUCUGUAAGUCUUUUCACCCUGUCCGGGAAUGGACACUUGGGAAGUGUUACAGUUUCGGGUUUGUUGAUAUUUCCGGGAUACAGCACGUGUUUGGUCUUUUUUCUCUCCAGAGGUUUUUCCUUCUACAAUAUCUAUAAAAUCAACUUAACUUAAAUACUCAAUCCUCGUCGUUAUCCUAGUAUCCAAGUAUUUGUACAAAAAUAUUCGGAGGUUUUUUGUUUUUUGGGAAGCUUUACUUUCGUUUUCUUGUAUCUGCUGAAAAUACUUAAGCCAAUAAAAUUUUCAGAUUUAAGUUUUUGUGAAAUGUAAAGCAUGUUACUGAAAUUACAAUCUACAUGCAGGAGCUGAUACUUUGGGGGUACUUUAUAUUAUGGGGUGUGUUUUGCAUUUGGAUGUGAUGUCAGUCAAAGUCGACCACAUUUUAAACCACCUUCCAAUGGCUAAGAAGGAAAAAUGUGUUGAUUUACUUUGUAUCUUAGUUGGACCUCUUUGUUUCCCCCAUGGAGUAAUUAAUAAUAAUACAACUAUGAGUUCUUUAUUUCAAAAUGAUAUUGUUUCUAUCCAUCUAUAUUCCAGAUAUUUAAAAAAAAAAACCUUGACACAUAUGAUUUUGAGGUUAAUCCAGUCGAGAUUUGCAUCUGUUAGUAAAUUUCCACACUCUCAGGAGCUGGAUAUACAUGUUUGAAUUUACAGGAUUUUUCUGAAAUCAGUAAAAGCCUUUAACUGUUGUACUUUUGAAUAAUAAAACAGAACAGAAGGGGUUGCAGUUUGGUAAACCUGGCAUUCAAAACUCACAACCUUCCGAUCAGUAGUCCAAUAGCUUACUGUCCCUUUAAAGGUGCUCUCAGAUUUAAAGAUAAAAGAUUUGAUAAUGCAAAAGUUAACAGAACACAUGACAUCUUUAUUCAGUCCUAUGUUAAAAAAGCAGAACCAAAACAUACAAUUCUGAAAUCUUUUAAGUGUUGACUGUUUACAUGUAAAGGAAAAAGUUUAUAUCAUGUGCAUGGCUUAAGACUGAGGAAAAAAAAUCCCCUUUAAAUAAUUUGUAAAACUGAUCAUAUGUAUUUCGUUCUGUUGUUAGAAUGGGGUUAGGAUGGAAGGAUUGGCUAAUUUUGCAAAUUUUCCCUUCAAAGAAGGUAGUAAGGGGUGAAAGAGGAGGUGGGCAGAGACUUCCUAACCCUAGGUUGACGAAUGUAGAAAAAACUGAGGAACUCGCCUAUUUGAAAAGCAGAAAUUCCCCGUCUACUUUAUGGAAAAAUGUCUAACUAUAUGAGAGGAAAGAGAGACUGAGAGGGAGAGAGACUGAAUAGAGAUUGUGGCAUGUAUAUAAGCAGAAUUAAGAAUGUGUGACAGGCAGGGAGAGCGAUGGUCUGAAAAGUGGAGUUGGGUAUCAUUGAUGUCUAGACUUGUGGAAGUCGAUUGUCAUUGCAUAUUUAAUUUUAAUUCAUUAGUUGUUAGUAAAUAUAGAUUGUUAUAUUAUUUAUACGUUUAGAUGGAUGGAGUUUUAUGAAGCUAAAGAUUUGAAAGCAUCAACAUGGCUUCUUCAAAUGGGUCUGCAAAAGAAUAUGUCAGAAAUGCUCGUGAAAAUCUGGUUGGACGUCUACAAAACCUGCCUGUUAUUGUUGAAAAACUUCACCAACAGAAUAUUUUCAAUGCCAAUGAAGUUAGUAUAAUUGAGGCAGAACCAGAAAAGUACAACAAAACUAGGAAGAUAUUGGACUGGGUCUUAAACAAGGGUGAGGAGGCCUGUUAUAACUUUCUCCGAAUACUGGAUCGUGAGAGGAACUUGGUCUUUCCAAGGUCAGAUUCUUCUAGCCUGACUCCUGAUUUACAUACAUGGAUCUGCCUGUUCUCCUUUAGAGAUGAGGCUGAAGAUGACUAUAUUGAAGGACCCAUAUCAUGUCAUCGUCUGCAAAAUAUUUUAAGGACAACAAGAAAACAAAUUCUUGGUCAACAGUGGAGUCAGAACCUUCGGUUCUAUGGAGGAAAUGUUCAAGAAAAGUUCACUUUUCUUCCUCUAGUUUUAGAUACAGACACUAAAAAAAAUACACCCCGUAACAAAAUCAUACUUAAGAGUAAGAAAUCUACAAAGUCCCAUUCAAAAAAGAUGAAGGCCUACAUACCAAAGGACACACAGAGACAAUCCCCUGAAGAUUUACUCAAUAGCAGGGAGAAGAGUAUCCUAAUAGUAGGAAAACCUGGAAUUGGGAAGACGACAGUUGUUCAGCAAAUGUUGCAUCACUGGGCAGAAAGAGACGACGGAAAACUUGACUUCAUGUUUUACUUUGAUGAAAACACACUGACAAAUACCUCAACUCCAGUUAGCUUAGAAAAUCUCCUGCUGAGCACAUUUCUAAUGUCAAAUCCACAGAUUAAAGAAAAUGCUGAAGAAAUCUUGCAGUAUCUUCAAGAAUAUUCUGAAAGAGUCACCAUUGUUUUUGAUGGAAUCAGAGAUUUUCAGGACAACGUGAUUUUGCUGGGGAUCAUACAACUUCUGCCUGAAGCAAAGAUAGUGGCAACAUGCAGGCCUGAAGUAGAGUACGAGUUCUCUGACUGGACAACAUGCAAAGUCUAUGUUCAAGGUUUCAGUGAAGAGUCGAUUUAUGAUUUUUUUAGGAAAGUGUCAGAUACUGAUCCAGAGUUGGUAGACAUUGUGAUAAACAAUCCUGCUCUCUUCAGUCUCUGCCACGUCCCUAUGUAUGCUUUUAUGGUGGCAGCCUGCAUUUCAUACUACACUUCUGAAGAAGCACAGAAACCCUUCACAGCUAGUGAGCUGUACGUACGAAUUUUCCGUCACUGUCUACAGAGACACAGAAAUAAGAAACUACUGCAUUUAGAUGAACACAUUAAAAACUGCAGAGACAAGGUCCUGUCUUUAGCAGAGAGCGCUUUCAAUGCAACCAAGUCAAAAACUAUCGACCUGGAGUUUGAUUUUGAUAAGGGAGGCAUUGCUGGUGCUUUCUUGAAGACUGUCUCAGUUGUGUCACCAGCAUGUGCCAAGACAUUUUGUGCAUUUCUUCACAACACAAUGCAGGAAUUUUUUUCUGCUCUCUGGCUUCUUGAAAAAUCAGAAAUACUUGAUGAUGUACUCCUUCUGUGUCAGAAUGAAAACAGUGAACACAUGAAAUAUAUAAUUCCUUUCCUCUGUGGACUUCAAUCACAAACCAACAUUGAUCAUCUGAAGUGUCUCUUUCCACUGAACAAAGUGAAGGAAAAUAGUGAUGGGUUCAUUGAGAAGGUCUUAAACACUUUCAUUGGUGAAAAACCAGAGGAUGAAUACGUUGACAUUGCCUUCAUAUGUCAGUGUCUGUAUGAAUUUCAGUCACCUGAAACCUGCUGCUCAUUUCUAGAGAGAAUAAACUAUCAUCUAGAUUUGAGUGAGGAACAUCUUGACCCUUACACAUGCUGUGCUGUGUCCUAUGUAAUCAACCACUCCAGAAACACACAGGUUCAUCUUGAUUUGGAGAACAGUGCUGUGUCCCUCUCAGGCCUGAAGAUGAUUCUCAAACAUAAACAAUAUCUAAGGGAGUUACCAACAACACUCUGUCAGGUGUGGACAAUUUCCUUGAAACAUGAGCGGUUGGAUGAUUUGAUACAGCUCCUGCAGGUACUGGGAAAUGAGAUUCACCUUCUGAUGAGCAGUAAGACAGAUGUGCUUGAGCAAGCUGGAAAAAUUAUAACCCAAUGUUCAGAACAAAUAAAUCUCUAUCUACACUGUGAUAAAGAUCCACACCAGCUCACACAUGUUCUGUGCGACACAGUGCUCUCUUGGCUCCCACACAUCAGCUCUCUCCAGUUUACAUUUAAACAAAGAGAAUCUUUGGAAGAGUAUCAACAGAUUUUAAGGUCAUAUAAACUGGAUUUAUGUCUACAAGCAUUUCUGAAGCAAAGAGAAGACGACAUCUGGAAAACAGUAAAGAAAAUAAUGGCAGAUGAAUAUGAAGAACGGAGUGAUUUCCUGCUGGACCUGUUCUCACAUGUGAAGAAGUAUGAAAGUAAAACAGACAGGAGUAUCCUUCCAGCACUGCUGUCAGUUUACCGGUCACUUCCUGCAGUCUGGUUUUAUGUGUUUGACUCUAAACAGGAAGAGAAAGAACCAGAAGAGAGGUGGAGAACAUUUCUACUGGAUUUGUGUCUGAAAUCAGCUCUACACCAACCACAAAACAUUCAGCAGACAGUGGAGACAGUGAUGCCUCAUUAUGAUGAAGAACAGAGUGAUUUCCUGCUGGAUCUGUUCUCACAUGUGAAGCAGUAUGAGAGUAAAACAGACAGGAGUGUCCUUCCAGCAUUGCUGCCAGUUUACCGGUCACUUCCUGCAGUCUGGUCCAUAAAGCUCUCAGAGAGAAAAGUCUCCCUCCUCCUAGAAGUGCUGAAACUCCAAACACAGAAGAAACCAGUGGAGCUGAUAGACUGGUCAGAUGAAGAGAGUGAAGUGAGGAGUUUCCUUCAGUGUCUGCCCUACAUCUCACAGCUCAGGUUUAAUGAGUUUGAUUCAGACUCUGCAUCCAUGCAGAGUUUGGUCAAUCUGUUCAUCUCAGCAGUCGACUGUCAACCUGAUAAAGGAGAGAGUUUUACUGAGCUGCUGGCAUCAGUGUGCAGCUACGACACAUUCCCUUUUGGAGAAGAGGUUCAUAGAUUCCAUGAAAGACAGAGUGAUUUCCUGCUGGAUCUGUUCUCACAUGUGAAGCAGUAUGAGAGUAAAACAGACAGGAGUGUCCUUCCAGCAUUGCUGCCAGUUUACCGGUCACUUCCUGAAGUCAGGUUUUAUGUGUUUGACUCUAAACAGAAAGAGAAAAAAGAGAGAUGGAGAACAUUUCUACUGGAUUUGUGUCUGCAAACAGCUCUACACCAACCACAAAACAUCCAGCAGACAGUGGAGAAAGUGAUGCCAGAUACUAAAUACUAUCAUUAUUAUGAUGAAGAACAGAGUGAUUUCCUGCUGGAUCUGUUCUCACAUGUGAAGCAGUAUGAGAGUAAAACAGACAGGAGUGUCCUUCCAGCAUUGCUGCCAGUUUACCGGUCACUUCCUGCAGUCUGGUCCAUAAAGCUCUCCGAGAGAAAAGUCUCCCUCCUCCUAGAAGUGCUGAAACUCCAAACACAGAAGAAACCAGUGGAGCUGAUAGACUGGUCAGAUGAAGAGAGUGAAGUGAGGAGUUUCCUUCAGUGUCUGCCCUACAUCUCACAGCUCAGGUUUAAAGUGUUUGAUUCAGACUCUUCAUCCAUGCAGAUUUUGGUGAAUCUGAUCAUUGCAGCAGUCGACUGUCAAUCAGAUAAAGGAGAGAGUUUUACUGAGCUGCUGGCAUCAGUGUGCAGCUACGACACAUUCCCUUUUGGAGAAGAGUUUGAGGAAUUCCAUGAAGGACAGAGUGAUUUCCUGCUGGAUCUGUUCUCACAUGUGAAGCAGUAUGAGAGUAAAACAGACAGGAGUGUCCUUCCAGCAUUGCUGCCAGUUUACCGGUCACUUCCUGCAGUCUGGUCCAUAAAGCUCUCAGAGAGAAAAGUCUCCCUCCUCCUAGAAGUGCUGAAACUCCAAACACAGAAGAAACCAGUGGAGCUGAUAGACUGGUCAGAUGAAGAGAGUGAAGUGAGGAGUUUCCUUCAGUGUCUGCCCUACAUCUCACAGCUCAGGUUUAAAGUGAAUGAUUACCAGAAGCCGAAACCUGCAGAGUUCCUGAUGAGUCUCCUCCAUCACUCUACAGAAAGUGACAGACACACAGGGGGAAAAUCACUGGAGCUGUUAGCAUCACUGUGCAAUCACACAUCUUUUCCUUAUGGAGAACACUACACAUGGAAUAACAGUGAAUUCCUGCUGGAUCUGUUCUCACAUGUGAAGCAGUAUGAGAGUAAAACAGACAGGAGUGUCCUUCCAGCAUUGCUGCCAGUUUACCGGUCACUUCCUGCAGUCUGGUCCAUAAAGCUCUCCGAGAGAAAAGUCUCCCUCCUCCUAGAAGUGCUGAAACUCCAAACACAGAAGAAACCAGUGGAGCUGAUAGACUGGUCAGAUGAAGAGAGUGAAGUGAGGAGUUUCCUUCAGUGUCUGCCCUACAUCUCACAGCUCAGAUGUGAAGAAACGUUAAUUCCAUGUUUAAGUAAAGCAGCUGCUGACCACACAGAAGACACGAAGCUGGUGAGGGCUUUCUUUGCUGCUGUGGACUUCAUCUUCAUUAUAGAUUGGGUUUUAACCACUCGUGAGUGCAGGGCUGUGGGGAAAUUACUGAAUCUCUCAGACUCUAAACUCAAACUCACUCUGAAACCCCAAGCCAUCUCUCUCCGAGGGGCCAGACUUCUCUUCAGACACACCACACACCUACAGAAACUCUGCCUGAGUGAGCGUGUGGUAGGGAGGAUGGUACGAGCAUUUCGAGCAGUGAGAGCCGGUGGCUCUUUGGUCAUUGAGGAGCUCUGUCUGGACUUUAACAGCUCAAACCCAGAGAUCUUCAGAUUUCUGAGCAGUUUCUCCUCCCUCCUGAACAUCUGGACUGUUCACUGUGUGAACCUCACUGAGUGCAGGAUGGAGGCUCAGUCUCUCAUCAGCCUCAUGCGUCAUCCUGGCCAUUUCAAUAUCAGAUUAUCAAAAGCGACUCUCCAGCAGUUUACUGGUCUGCUGUAUGAGGCUCAGGAUGGGGAACUGACCCGCUUUUUCCUGGAGAAGGUGGGAGGAGACCUGACUUCCUGUUCUCUCAGUUGGGAGGAGCUUAUCUAUUUUCUCCAGCAGCGAGUUUGCCGCAUUAGUGUGAACAUCAGAAAGAGCAAAAUCACAUAUAAACACACCAGAGAGAUUCUUCCUCUACUGUCUGAAAUUCAGUUUAAACGAUUGAACCCCAGUGUUGCGCUGUCAAUCAUCAGAGAGAUCUAUGAGACUGGCUCUGCUCACUGUGUGUCCAGUCUGUUGAGUUCAGUACACAACUGUAUCAACCUGAACAAUACACAGCUGGACUCAUACCACUGUACUGCCCUGUGCUUCACCCUCCAACACUGUACAUCUGUCUCUCUGAGCCUGCUGUGGACCUCCAUACCAGAGGGGGAGCUGGUGAAGAUUCUGCCUCUGUUCAACAGAGUUUCUCAGCUCAGUGUUGACAGGUCCCUGUUGCUGAAGAUACUCCACUGUUGCAGUAUCUCUGAGCUCCAGCAGGGGGCAGCAGCAGCACUUUUCUCUGCUCUGCAGAACAGACUGGACUUCUCUUGUAGCACUGGAUUAGAUCUGAGCACAGAAACACAGAAUAACACUCUGAAUCUGACCACUGAGGACUGCAGAGACAUCAGCACUGCCAUCCAGAAAUCUCAUCAACAUACAGAGCUCAUUCUAGAGGACUGUGAACUGGAGGACACUGGAGUGGACAUGUUCUUACUUAUUGUACAUACUGUGAGACUACGCUGUAGUAAACCUUUGUUGCUCCGGUUCCUGGCUCUUCUCCGUGUGAUGAAUGAGUCAGACUGUAUGAGACAUGUUAUGUCCCUCUCAAAGGCACUGAAUAGAGAAAUGGACCUCAGUGAGACACCUCUGGACCUCCAUGACUAUAGAUCAUUAGCUUUGUUUCUGGAAUUUUCUGAUGGUCUGUCAGAACUGGACCUCAGCCACUGCAAGCUCACUGAUCACGGCCUGGAGCUGCUGUUACCACAUCUGGAUAAAGUAAAGGUCCUGGAUCUGAGUCACAAUACCAUAGAUGACCGUUUAGCAGGAAGAAUCUACACAGUUGUUUCCACCAGCAGCAACAUACAGACAGUUCGACUCAACAACAACAGAAUUAGUGAAGAGACUUUCCAAAAAGACAAGCUCUUCGAGAUCUGGUGAUGACCGUGGACUGUUUUCAUACUUCUACUUAAACAGUACGAGUAAAGAACCGUAUAUCAACAAGUUAACAAGAGAGAGACAUCAUUACUCUCGUGUCUUAUUCUACUGUUCUUUUAGUACUGUGUUUGUUCUUCUGCAGUUCCUGUCUGUCUAAUAUGUUUGAAGUUUCAUGGCUUGAGAUAC